ACAUGGGAUCAAAAUAGUGACCUCUGUGUGCUAUGGACGGAAGCUACGUACAUAGUAUAGUAUAGUAUAGAUAAACUAUAUGGAUAAGUUUGGCCUCCUACAUCAUUUUUUCUACGGUCGGCCUAGAAGCUACUAGUCCUUGAGUUUUCGAACCUAACUAUUGCGACGGAUUUGCCAGCAGUUGGAGAACUAUUCCAAGGACAUUAUCCAUUUUUCACCUAAUAAAACGUCACGGUUGCCUAUUGGUCGAGUAACUGAUUCACAAUGAUAAUACACCCAUUAAAAAUAAAAAUAUUACCAUACACACUGUGUCUUGUGGAAAUAUAGUUGGGAAACAUAUUUUAGUGUGCCGUAAUCGCAGAAAUGUGGGAAUUAUGUAUUACUGGAUUGGUGGACAGUAUUGUGAGUUGUACAACUGCAUAACCAAUUUCAAUUGUGGUUAGUGGUUAAUUCGUGUUAUGUCAAAUCGUGCUCAUGCUCAACCUAGAGUGACUUGAGCUCAAUGUCCACGCGAAAUUCAAGGUGUCGAGAUGAUAUUACUGGUGAUGCAGGGAGCCUCGAUAACCAAGGUUAUCCAACCAUUCGGAGGUUGUCAUUUCUCGGUGCAACAUUGAGUGAUAAACAUUCUUUCAUAAGGCGAUAAAUAAUGCAGUGAAGAAGUGACGCAAUAUGUCAGAUUUUUGGGUGUCUAGAGAAGAACGAGUUGUGUGCCGAGAUCCCAAGUUUAUUGUCAUCAGCUGAGCAUAAUGAGCAACAAUUGCUGUUGUCAGCACACUUUUAGAGUACCUGAAGAAUGUUCCACCUCAGUAUGAUCACAAGAGGAGUACAGAAAUUGUCGGUAUCGAGACUCUUGACAAAUAUGCCUCGUCUCUUUCUAUUUUUUAUAAUCCUAAGAGCCUGUGCGGUGAAUCCUCAGGGGAAUGAAGAUCCAAAUACUGGACUCAUUCCCGAGGGGGAUGACCCCCUGCUCCUGAUUUCGACCCUCAGUGGUUGGUUUAUGGGGAUUGGGCAGAGAACAGGGGAGAUUCGUUGGCGUCAGGACAACGAACCAGUGGUGAAAGUCCCGUACGAUGUAUCGGAGCGACUAUCUCCAAUGUUCCUCCCCGAUCCUAAAGACGGAUCACUCUACCUUUAUGGGGCUGAAUUUGAUGUCUUGAAAAAACUUCCCUUCACAAUUCCCCAACUGGUAGCGAACAGUCCCUGUCGGAGUAGCGAUGGAAUUCUCUACACAGGUCGUAAAAUCGACACUUGGUUUAGCAUAGACCCAGUGACCGGUAAACGCGAGCAACUCUUAGGUUUCGAGGAGGCCGACAACACCUGUCCCCUAGACAUUCAAGACGCCAUUUCCAUCGGACGUACAGAGUACAAUAUUAUUAUGAUAGACAGCAAGCAGAAGGAGCGAAAAUGGAACAUAACGUUCUACGAUUAUUCAGCAUUGAAAAUCGAUGAUGCAAUGGAUGAUUACGACCUCGUCCACUUCACAACGAGUUCCACUGGUCGAGUUGUCACCCUGGAUCGAAGGCUGGGAAUGGUUCUGUGGGAGUUGGACCUCAGCAGUCCAGUUAUUGGCAUGUACACUAUGAGUAAGGAUGGCUUAGUAACUGUUCCCUUCACCAGCGUGGCCGAAGAGACCCUUGACAAUUUACUCCAGCGGUUUAGCUCCAAGCCCAGUGACAUUCAACUAUUUCCAACCUUAUACAUUGGAGAACACAUCCAUGGAUUGUAUGCUCUACCAUCACUAGUUGAUUCGUCGACAGCUACAAUCUCCAGCAACAGCGGACACCUGCUGCUCGAGGGCCCAGUUGUCGUUCCUCAGAUUGGAAAAAAUGAUAAUGAAGUUUCCCAUGAAGAGACUGCAACUGUUGGAAAUGAACCGUCCGGGGAUCAGUCAAUGGAGGACGUUAAUCAAGAGAAGAAUAUCAUUGUUCUUGGUCACUAUAAAGUACCUUCAGAGUAUAAACAUCAGAAUCAACCCCUGCAAAUAACUGGACGCUCUGAUCCAGUUAUUCGAUCAUCGCAAGCGCGAGCUAAUGAUUCCAAUAAAAUUACUAUCGUUGUCCAGAGCCCUGAUGAGCUGGACAAUAGCACAGAUCAUAGAGGAUGGAAGAAGGCAUUUGGUGGAGUAUACAACGGGGCAAAGAAGUGGCUGAACCAGCAGGAGAAUAAAGGGUUGAAGCUAGCGCUGAUCAUUCUGGUUGGAUGCGUCAUUACGAUGUUCUGGUAUUUGAAUGCUCAGUUUAAAGAGUUUCAGCAAUUAUCUCAGGGCUCCAGGGAAAACAGCAGAACCAGCAGUACUGGGGGGAGAAGUGGAAUAGUGACAGCACCUGAGGAGAUUGGCGAGGGGACAGUUAAAAUUGGAAAGAUUAUCUUUCACAUUGAUAAAGUGUUAGGAAAGGGAUGUGAAGGAACUUUUGUUUACAAAGGGGAGUUUGAUGGGCGAUCUGUCGCUGUGAAACGACUCCUGCCUGAUUGCUUUACGUUUGCUGAUAGGGAGGUCGCAUUGUUGAGGGAAUCCGAUGCUCAUGCGAAUGUUGUGAGGUAUUUCUGUACUGAGCAAGAUCGAAUGUUCAGGUAUAUUGCACUGGAACUGGCUGAGGCGACUCUGCAGGAUUACGUCGUUGGGAAUUAUGACAGGCAGACUAUUGCUGUUAAGAAUAUUCUGGCUCAAGCGACUUCUGGAUUAGCUCAUUUACAUUCUCUGGAUAUUGUUCACAGAGACAUAAAACCGCACAAUGUGUUGCUGUCAUCACCAGGACCGCGGGGUGAGGUGCGCGCCAUGAUUUCCGACUUUGGUCUCUGCAAGAAAUUACAAUUGGGACGGAUGUCAUUCUCUCGGCGAUCAGGCGUAACUGGGACCGACGGCUGGAUAGCCCCGGAAAUGCUAAACGGUGAGCGUACGACCUGCGCCGUCGAUAUUUUCUCACUCGGCUGUGUCUUCUACUACGUUCUAUCAAAUGGAAGGCAUCCAUUUGGUGACACCCUCCGCAGGCAAGCGAAUAUUCUGUGCGGAGAAAGUGAUCUUUCAUCUCUUCAGGAUGUGGAGGACUACGGAAAAGAACUGGCUCUUGUUCUAAUUCGAGCAAUGAUUGACAGUGAUCCUACCAGCCGACCUCCAGCUGCCGCUGUCGAGCGCUUUCCAUUUUUCUGGAACUCCGCGCGGAUCCUCAACUUUUUCCAAGAUGUCAGUGACAGAGUGGAAAAGGACGAACCGGACAGUCUAGCUUUGAUGUCCUUGGAGACUGGAGGAAGUCAAGUAGUCCAAUCUGACUGGAGACUCUGCAUUGAUCUCGAGGUAGCCAACGACUUGAGAAAGUACAGGAGUUACAGAGGAGAGAGUGUCAGAGAUCUCCUCCGAGCUCUGAGAAAUAAAAAACAUCACUACAGAGAAUUAACAGCAGAGGCACAAGCAAGCCUCGGAGAGAUUCCUAAAAAAUUUACAGAGUACUGGUUGUCCAGGUUCCCCUGCCUUCUUUCCCACAGCUGGUGUGCAAUGCAGAGGUUCAGGCGAGAAGCAACAUUUCAGGAUUAUUACGAUUCUGAAUACGAAUUUACGACGUAUUUUGCUUACGAACAAGUGUGUGACGUGUUUAAUAGAGUGAGCAAGGAGGAAGUGCCUUCAGUGAAUGUUCCACCAUCCCCACGGAACCCCAAUUGGAGGUUCCAAAAUGGGGUCGAUUGGAGUCCCAAUCGUACGCGAUUCAGAACGUAUAGGAAAAAGAAUCAGGAGAGAAGAAAAAAUGAGGGCGCAGUUGUAUGGACAUUACCGCCCGCUAGUUGAGUUCUUUGUUCCUUCCACUCGUCGUUUGUUAUCGAGGUAUGUGUGUAAUAAUAAAUUGUGAUAUUUCUUAUCGUGAAGGAUGUGAUCUAUUCAUUAUUAUGUACAAUAUAAACAUAAGUGUGGAUACCUGUAUUUAUCCAGCAAACCGUUUUUUGUUUGUUCUAGUAAGAUAAUGAAAUAUGUACAUGGUUUGUUCCUGAUGUAAUGGCAUUAUUUUUAAUUUUUAUAUGAUAUAUAUUUACCAGAGUUCAACAGAAAAAUAUUAGUUGUGAGAGAAAACAGUGGGCACACACAGAUUUAUUAUUACAAAUGAAAAAAUUUCAUUGAAUGUACAUAAUGUCAAUUGUAAAUACUAUAUUUCUGUAUAUUUUACAUAUUAAUUGUAUUUCACUGAAUAUUCGCUGAAUAUAUUGUAACUUUGAAUAUCAGAAGGUAAAGGAUAUCUAGGAUAAGCUGAUCAAUAGACAGACGGUUAUGGGAAAUUCGAGGUUUAUCGAGAAAAGAAAAAUAGAGUAAUCAUUUAAUUGCGUUAACAAUGGACUCAGGUUUGCCACAAUAUAGAUGUCAAAAUCACACACUCGUAAAUUUGAUGAGGGAAAAAUAAUUUUUGAGAACAUUAUUUCUAAGAUUUAUUUUAUUGUUCAGUUAUCAUUGGUGCAGAGAUGGUGAAUUAUGGAUAUAAAAUUAUUAUAAUUGUUCUGUGUUCGAGUGAUUUUGCCAGAGCCCAUUCGGGCAUUACUCCACGGUUUUUUAAUUACUUGGAUUAAUUUAUUUGUUAUCGACAAUUGUAGUAACUUUAGCCACUAGAAUUGCUCGAUUGGACAUCACUUGAUAAGGCCAGCCAAAAAAGUUUAUCAAAAUUGUAUCAAUGUGCCAUACGAAGUUUUUUCAAAAACGUUUAAAAAAUACACAGAGGAAUUAACAAAAA